AUGUCUCUGUACCAUGAGGCUGCUGAUAUUUUAUCGACAUCUUCCCAAGAAGGAGGGAGCCUAAAAUCUCGAGUCUUUCGAAGGAAAAACAUAAAAUCUACGCCAACCCAGCUGUACGCCUUGGUGUUUGAAUCCUGCAAAUGGAGUCCCAUUCUGAAAGAAGUCAUAGAAGGCCUUACUCCGACACUGGCGCUACUCCUCGUGCACGAUUUGUUGCUUGCCAAAGGAGGCAUUGCCUUGCCGCAGAGCCAUGGACUUAGAGCUAGCAUUGAGAAGUACAAGGGCCGUAUCAGCUCUGAGUUUACUCGAGCUAGGCUACGACGCAAAGCACCCUCACUGCAGGCACUAAAAGCCCAAGUUGAGAAGGCUGCUGCGGGUGAGGAAGCUGCCCACCCACGAUGGGUACGUAUCAACGCUCUCAAAAGCACUCUUGAAGAGCAGCUGGAUACUACAUUUCGAAACUACUCAAGGGCCCGCACCAUACAAGAUGUGGUCACAAAGGAAGGGAAACAAUUACUCAUCGACGCGCAUGUUCCCAACUUGGUUGCCAUCACGCCUGGGUGCGACCUCAGUAAGACGGAGGCCUAUAUUUCCGGCAAGAUCAUACUGCAGGACAAGGCAUCAUGCUUCCCAGCGUAUCUUUUGGAUCCUCGGUCUGAGGACGGUGAUGUGAUCGAUGCAUGUGCUGCUCCAGGUAACAAGACAACGCACUUGGCGAGUAUCAUUCACAGUCACCAACCGGAGUUUGAGUCUGAGUCACAAACCAUCUUUGCGUUCGAAAAGGACUCCAGAAGAGCGCAGACGUUGGAGAAGAUGGUCAAAAUCGCAGGAUCUAAGAAGAUGACCCGCAUUGCGCUGGGGCAGGAUUUCUUGCAGGUUGAUCCGCAGUCAGAGAAGUUCAAAAACGUCGGCGCUCUACUUUUGGAUCCAAGUUGCUCUGGGAGUGGAAUAGUUGGUCGAGAUUCUAUGCCAGAACUACAUCUGCCAGGCCAGCCACAGCCAAAUUCAGGACGAGGGUCAAAAGCAGACUCGACUAACAAACGGAAGAGAAAACAUGAGGAGGUUGGAGAAUCUAACCAAACAGUCAUCCGCGACGACGACGGAAACGAAACUGUGAUGAAGUCGGAAAAGGACUUGACUGAACGGCUGGACGCAUUGGCGGGCUUUCAACUGGCUAUCUUGUUACAUGCCUUCCAAUUUCCAUCCGCGAAGAAGGUGACCUAUUCCACUUGCUCCAUUCAUUCGCAGGAGAACGAGCACGUUGUCAUGGCAGCCCUGAAUUCCGACAUUGGCAAAGAAAAGGGUUGGAGAAUAGUACAGAGAAAUGACCAAGUCAGGGGUAUGAAGGACUGGCCAGUUCGAGGUCUCGUUGCAGCCUGCAAUGGAGAUGAAGCAGUAGCCCAAGGGUGUAUCAGGUCAUACAAAGAUGACGGACACGGAAUCAUGGGGUUCUUCGUCGCUGGAUUCGUUCGAGAUGUCACCAACGGAAACGAAGCCGGUGAUGGCCCAUAUAUCAGAGAUGAGAGCGGCGUGAUUAUUCGAGAUUUGCUUGGCAUGCCGAUGCUGAAGUCUACAGGAGCAGUGGUUCCUCUUGUCAGUCGAGAUGACGUCGGUCAGGAUACAAGCAGCACAGACAGCCAUAAAAGCGUUGAGGAUGACGGCACUGAUACAGAGGAAAGCGAAUGGGAAGGCUUAGAAGACUAG